AUGAAGGAAACCAAGGACACGUUCAGGACAGAUGGAAUGGACCCUGUUUGGAAGAGAGAGCCACCAUGGAGGGGGUGGGGGCUGCGUCUGGAGCUGCUGGGCUGUGAACUGGACGACAUUACUACUGUGGCUCCUCCCACCACACCGCUCAUCUCCACCCCUCCCAUGACCACGUUCGGUGCCACCACCACUGCACCCAUCACCGUCCCCGUAACCACGGCAACGAUGACCACCACCACCGUCUGUGAGGAAGGACGAGACUGUGGCACCACGACCGACACACCUGAGGACUACGACAGCAUGACAGUGGGCGGUACCACACUGAUCGACUCCAUCAUACCAGACGACCUGAUCCAAGCGUACGUGUGGUUCGCCUGUAACUUCGACUUCUCCUCGUUCUGCGGUUGGACCAGCGAGGGGGGGCGGGGCGCCGAGUGGCUCAUCCAGACCAGCGGGACCCCCACCGUCCACAAAGGCCCCGCCCUCGACCACACAGGUGGACCGGGGAACUUCAUCUACAUGCAGCUGAGCGACACCGACAUGCCCAGUAAACCUGGAGAGGACGAGUCGGAGGAGGACCGGGUGGCCCGCUUGUCCAGUCUGAAGGUGACGGCGCCGGACUCGGACCUGUGCAUGUCCUUCUGGUACCACAUGUUUGGAGAACACGCCGGAAAACUGCACAUCAAGCAGAGGAAGGAGACGCCGGACAGCGAGCAGAUCCUGUGGAUGCUGAGCGGACACCAGGGCGGACGAUGGAGGGAGGGGCGGGUUCUACUGCCACGGGCCGCCGCCUCCUAUCAGGUGGUCGUGGAGGGCGUGGCCGACAGACGCAGUAGUGGACACAUCGCCGUGGAUACGAUUCAGAUCCUGGACGGACUGAACCCUGCAGACUGUAAAGAUCCAGAAGCUCCUUCGACUCCGCCCACAGAGAUCCUGAUCCUGCCCAUGGACUCCCUGUCCCAGGAGACCAGUGAACUGGGUAGUCCGGUCCUGAAGACCCUGGACCCCAUCCUCAUCACCAUCAUUGCCAUGUCGGCGCUGGGCGUGUUCCUGGGCGCCAUCUGCGGCGUGGUCCUGUACUGCGCCUGUUCUCAGGGCAGCAUCACCGACAGGAACUUAUCGGCGCUGGAGAACUAUAACUUUGAGCUGGUGGACGGCGUCAAGCUAAAGAAAGACAAGAUGAACGGACAGACGAACUAUUCAGAGGCGUGAAAAAAAGGUGAACGGAUGGGGGGCAGAGCCCGGAGAAACGCUCCCAAAUGAACACAUGACGCAGCCAAUCAGACGGGAGGAACCACAGGGGCUGAAGCCACCAAUGGGACGGCAGGGUGGGCGGGGACACGAGCCCAUGUCAUUAUUUUCUCAGGAGCGGCGGUGGAAGGGACUGACCUGCAGGGGGCACUGUGUAUAAAGAACCUGUACAGCAAAAAAAAAAAAAAGAAGAAGAAAACUAAGGAUUCUAUUUGUUUUUCGGCGUGCUUUGUUGAUUU